UAAAACACACCCGGAGCCAGUACCGAGCUCCAUCCAGUUAAGGCGGACUCUCCCCCUGCAGCCGACCGGGACAACAACCACCAAGAGGGGCUCGUGGGCUUUCCAAAGAAGCAAAAUCUAAUUCCUCCCAGGACAAUGUCGAUGAGCCCCAAGCAUACGACCCCCUUUUCAGUGUCCGACAUCCUGAGUCCCCUGGAGGAGAGUUACAAGAAGGUGAGCAUGGACAACAACAACAACAACAGCAGUGGCGGCGGCAACCUGGGGGCCCAGCUGGCAGGCUACCGGCAGCCGCAGGUGUCCCAGGCGGCCAUGCAGCAGCACCACAUGGGCCACAACGGCAGCGUGUCGGCGGCGUACCACAUGAGCGCCGCCGGGGUGCCGCAGCUGUCCCACGCAGCCGCGGUGGGCGGCUACUGCAACGGCAACAUGGGCGAGCUGGCCCCCUACCAGGACGGCAUGAGGGGCAGCGCCACGGCCGCGGGCUGGUACGGAGCCAACCCGGAUCCGCGGUUCUCCACCAUUUCCCGCUUCAUGGGCUCGUCCUCGGGCAUGAACAUGAGCAGCAUGGGCGGCCUGGGCUCCCUGGCGGAGGUGCACGCCAAAGGCAUGGGCUCCCUGGCCUCCACCCCGCGGAGGAAGAGGAGGGUGCUCUUCUCCCAGGCUCAGGUCUACGAGCUGGAGCGACGCUUCAAGCAGCAGAAGUACCUCUCGGCCCCGGAGAGGGAGCACCUGGCCAGCAUGAUCCACCUGACCCCCACCCAGGUGAAGAUCUGGUUCCAGAACCACCGCUACAAGAUGAAGCGACAGGCUAAAGACAAGGUGUCCCAGCAGCAGAUGCAGCAGGAGGGGGGGUCCUGUCAGCAGCAGCAGCAGCAGCAGCAAUCGCCUCGCAGGGUGGCGGUGCCGGUUCUGGUGAAGGACGGGAAGCCGUGUCAGGGAAGCGGCCACACGCCCACCAACGCGCAGGCCCACCACCAUCACCAGCAGCACCAGCAGCACCAGCAUCACCACCAACAACCACAGGCCGCCAAUGUCAUGAUCAUGUCCGCCAGCAGCAACCACACCCCCGGUCUGGGGCACCAGCAGGUGGGCAGCGCCGGCCAUUCUCCAGAUUUGGGCCCCCACUCCUCCAGCCCCCCGGCGCUGCAGAGCCAAGUGGCCGGCCUCUCGCACCUUAACUCCCCCGGAGCCGAGUACGGCUCGGCCCUGCAGUGCUCGGCUCUGUUGUACGGCAGGACGUGGUGACCAAAAACUACACCCCCAAUCCCCCAACCCCUCCACCCCCAUAAGUUCUAUUUAAGACAAAAAGACGUCUCUCGAGAUAUGUUUUUAAAAACAUUUUUCGAAAUUUGGGAAGAGUGCACACGAUGGACAUUUUUUUUCUACCGGAAGCUUGAACAGUCUUGGGAUUUAUUUAUGUAAAUUAUAUAUAAUAAAACAAAAAACAGGAAGAAUAGGCUUUCAAAAUUCCAAAAGACAUUUUAAUGUCAGUCGUAUAGAUUUAGAAUUUUAGCUUUAUUGUUGUACGGUAUUUUUUGGACACUUUUUGCCGACUUGUUGUGGUUUCGUUGGUAUUUGUACGUUCAUUUAUUUGUAACUUAUAUAGAUAUCUCACUU